UGUAAUAACCGGAGCUGCAGCCUGAGUCUCUGGCGAACCUUAAAGCCUUUAGAAAAUUCCAGUUUUUCUGCCUGAUUAAAAAAGGGAGUGUAGUCCCUCCCAUUCAGGAAGGAGGCAAGUCAAUGGGUUUAAAUCGAGCCACAACUGAGUUGGCGAGCCACUAGCUAAUAGGUAGGAAUCAUGUGUGGCUUCAUACUGAUCGUUUUUGCUCUCGCAGCAGUAGCUUACAUGUUUCAUGACAUUGUAGUUAAGGGAAAGAGAUGCAAAAGCAAUGCAAACCUGAAUGGGAAAACUGCCAUUGUGACUGGAAGCAACACAGGGAUUGGGAAAGCCACAGCUAUAGAGCUGGCUAAAAGAGGAGCCAGAGUGAUUCUGGCCUGCCGCUCUAAGCAACGAGGAGAAGCAGCUCUUGAGGACGUUAGGAGGGUGACAGGCAGCACUCAGGUUCUGUUUAUGCAGCUGGAUCUUGGCUCCCUCAAGUCUGUUCGCAACUUUGCUGAGACCUUUCUAAAGACUGAAUCAAGACUGGACAUCCUCAUCAACAACGCAGGACUUUACAUGCAGGGUCGCACAGAGGAUGGAUUCGGGAUGAUGUUUGGUGUCAACCACCUUGGGCAUUUUCUGCUGACAAACCUGUUGUUGGACCGACUCAAAGAGUGUGGACCCAGCAGGAUAGUGAACGUGUCAUCCUCCGCUCACAAUGUUGGAAACGUCAACUUUGACUGUCUGAACACCCACAAGGAUUUGGGAGUGGCGACAUCAACUCGGGAUGCCCUCCAGAUGUACUGUGACAGCAAACUGUGCAACGUUCUCUUUACGCAUGAACUGGCCAAAAGACUAGAGGGAACUAAGGUCACCUGUUACUCCCUUCACCCAGGAGCCAUCAGCACGGAGCUCAAAAGAAAUGCAGGCUCCAUCCUGCAGUUCAGCCUGACGUUCGCAAGUGUUUUUUUCUUCAAGGAUGCUGAGCAGGGAAGCCAGACCACUCUGCACUGUGCUCUCCAGGAAGGCAUUGAGCAUCUCUCUGGGCGUUACUUCUCUAACUGCACCGUGAGGGAUGUCUUCGCCAGAGCCAAGGAUGAUGCCACAGCCAAGAAACUGUGGGAGCUCAGUGAGAGAAUGAGUGGGCUCGCCUAAAAAUAGCUAAUAAUUGAAUCCAUAGCAUUGACUUCUGGUCUAUGUUGCGAGGUUUUCUGGUCUAUGUUGCGAGGUUUUGACCACAGAAAAAAAAUCUAUUCUAUAAGACUUUUUUACAGAGUACAAGUGAAAAAUGAAACAUAAAACAUUCAUCACCCGCUGAUCAAACCUACGCAACAUUAGAAACAAAAUUGUGUGGACAUAGUCUCUAAAACAAAAUUCCAUCGUAAUAAUCAAGUCUGUUUUCUUUCUUCUUCUUAUACCCAUAGUUGAAUUCAUACCUUUUUUUAAAAGUGUUCUCAGUUUAAUCUCCUGCUUUUUAACACCCAAAACCUCAAUUUUUAAACCUCAAUUAAAUUCUCAAAUAGAGAAUUUCCCCAUUUUGGGAUGAAUUAAGUUUACCUGAUCUCAUAAAGUUUAUCUAACCGUUGGUUUGGUUUAGAGACUUUUGUGUUGUGUUUGGUUGUUUUUUUAUUUUCCGUUCUGCCUUGUAAGUUCUGCAUUUUAGGUAGUAUAGCACUGCCAAGAGAACCACGGCACAGAAAGUAAUGUCGGCUUUGAUGAAUAAAACAAUCUGUCGGAGAAAAGGUCUUAUCGUGCUUCUUAUCUAAUAUGUGGACUAUAUAUAUCACCCGGCCAAUGGCUGCCAGAGGCUGAUGUCUGCAAUAGUCAGAGCAACAAAACCAGAAUUAUAUGUUACGAUUAUUGAAAAAUGGUUAUAAAAAAGUAAAUGAGUUAAACAUGUGGCUUUGUGUAAUGUAUUUUUAUUGUAAAUUGAGGUAAAAUAAAAUAAUACAAACCAAA